UGUCCAAUCUUACUCGCAACUGUUCCUCAUAAACAAUUCGUUUGACAUAUACCUCUAAUUUACUAUUCUACUUUAUACAUUGCCAUAUAUUGCGUAAUUAUUUAUUUAACUUUUUAAGGCAUAAUGAUGGAAGGAAUGCACCAAAAUGUUGACGAGGAAUUCAUCUUGACCCUCAUGAAGAUCAACUCCAACCGAAGAGAUGACUCAGAUCUAUGGAAAAAUCGCAGGCCACAACCUCUCAAAUCGGGAGUGAUUUAUCCGAUAAAAAAGCGGAAAGCGGCGAACAAGGUUUUAUUGCCGAUGACGGAUAACCACACGUCCAAGGUUUUGGCGACACUAAUUCCGGAUGAAAUUAUAUAUAACGUUUCUGAUCUUUCAAAGCGUCGUUAUGAUGCGUGUCUUCUCUUUGGUGACAUUUCAGGUUUUACUGACCUUUGUGAAAUGUACAACAAAACGGGAAAAGGUGGACCUUCCAAGCUAACGCAGGUUCUGAACAAUUAUAUUGGCUCAAUGGUGCAAGAAAUUUUAACACACAACGGCGACGUCUUGAAGUUUUCUGGCGACGCUUUUAUUUCAAUGUGGAAGGUUACAUCUUCGACGGAUAUGCGAAGUGCAGUACAUGCAGCCGUAGAUUCCGCCAUAAUGAUCCAAAAAACUCUUGGAGCGUACGAAACUGAUGUAGGAGUUUUUCUAAGAGUGAAACUUGCGAUAUCAGCUGGACCCGUAAUAUUCUCAAUAAUUGGAACUAAGGACAUGUCACACUAUGUUUGUGCCGGACAACCGAUUGAAGAUGUGAAGAAGGGCGAGAAAAAGGCGCACCCCGGUGAAAUAAUAGUUACCAGCUUAGCGUGGAGUUAUCUGAAUCCUAACGAAUUUCUAUAUGAAAAUUACACUAAACACUACGUAAAGGUCAAAAAUAUUACAACACUUUGGAUACCUGUUCAUCAAAGCCAUGGUGGUAUUAAAAAAAUGGAUUUAAAUGAGGAUGAAGAAUCGCAUGAAGAUCUCAUUAAGACUUACGGAGAGGACAGUGAAGGGGAACUGGUUACUAAUUCUAAGACAAAACAAAACGAUGAAUUUUCAAUACGCCCGUCGGUAGAUUAUGCAGCAGACAUGAAUUCGAAGCAGGAUUUAAGAAAAUUUAUUAUCACACCAAUCAUGCGAGGCAUCGAUUUAGACGAACCGUUGGAAUAUUUAACCGAAAUGAGGCAAAUUGUGAUAGUUUUCAUUAAUGUAACUGUUGAUCCGCACAUGGAUACAGAAACUUACAUUGAUUUGUCAGACGCGUCUUACAGAAGAGUUUGUAAGUUGGCUGAAAAUAAGCAGGGAUGCGUGAAUAAAAUGUCGCUGUUUGAUAAGGACUUAAUGUUCGUCCUGUUGUUUGGUUUACGAGGUUACAAAAAUGAAAUGGAAAGCCAAAUGGGGCUAAGAUGUGGCUUGGAAUGUCACCAGUCAAUUUCCCAAUUAGACAUAACAUCGGUGUCUGUGGCAGUAACUACCGGUAUGACGUACUGUGGAGUCGUCGGUCACACUUUGAGGAGAGAGUAUACCGCCAUAAGUCUAACUGUAAACAAGGCCGCUAGACUUAUGAUGGCUUAUCCGGGAAUAGUUACCUGUGACCGGGAAACAUUCCUACACAGCAAAUUGGAAGCAAAAAAAUUUGUACUGCAAGAGCCCAUACCUUUGAAAGGAAUCACCAAUGUAGGCCCAAUUUACGAAUUUCGAGAGCAAUGCGAAAUCGAGGAGAAAAUCACAAUCAGUCUAUUACCGAUACUGGACCGAACCGAGGAGGUAAACAUCUUUCGGGACCUGUUAUAUAAAUGCAUAGACGCAUGUGCAGACCGAGGAAAAACGAAGCCGUUAAACUCUCUGGACGUUUGCAAUGUGAUACUUGUCCAAGGGAAUCCUAGAAUUGGGAAAACCCGACUGUUGGAAGAAUACGUGCACAAUACUCCCUCGUCGAUUCCCAUAAAUCGAUUUGCUCUUAGUAAACGAGAUGUGAUGAUUGCAUAUAAAACGAUUCAACUGAUUUUCUUGACGCCAUUGGGGAUUACCGAGUUGGAUUCGACUGCAGACCGCGAAACAAAAUUGCAGUUAAUACUUCAUAAAGUAAAAUCGCCGGAGUAUUUUGGCGCACUCAAUAAAGUGUUUAAUGUAAAUUUUGAAAAAAGUGCGGCGUACAAUUCGCUAACGACUGAAAAGAAAAAGGAAGUAUUGCUAAAGUUACUGAAGCAUCUGUGUUACCUCUCGUUCUCUACGAUGUGGCUGAUAGCCAUAGAUAAUGCCGAACACAUUGACGAUGAGUCUUGGAGUUUCAUUGCGACCUUAUGUGAAUUGGAUGUUAUUUUUACGAUACUUACAGUUAACACACACGAUCAGCUCAGCAAAGUGGCCAUGAGUGUCUUCAAUAAUACGCGAUUGCAAGUAUUACAACUAAAGCCCGUGGAUAAAUGGUAUCACGCAGCCUUAGCUUGUCAAUUUCUUGGGGUCGAAGGGAUUCCUCCCGAAUUGGAAAAGGUUAUACAAGAUAAAAGUGAAGGAAAUCCGGGAUGGAUCCAAAAUUUUGUGACGUGUCUGUUACAAGCGGGAGGAUUGGAGAUUCAGAGAGUGAAAAAGAACGAUAUAAAUGAACUUGGAUUAGUAACUCCAGGAAUAGAGCUGCUAACGAGAUAUUCUUCUGAAGACAUACGAGACAUAGAAGAUGGACAAGAUUCCUAUGAUUCCAUUCCUUUCUCAAGUGGAAAGGAUGACGCAUGGUCUAUGUAUAAGUACAGUUUUAGGGACAGUAGCGCGAUGUUGCCCACUUUGAUAAAAAAGGAGAAGAUGGAGGAGCGAAACUAUAUAUCUAUAUGUACUAUAGUGCCAAAAUUUAACUUGGAACAAGUCGAGACUGAACUUCCAAUGAACGUGAUGGUAGUGAAGCUGUUCGAUUCGUUAACUCCGUACCAACAAUUACUUUUGAAAUGCAGUUCCGUUUUGGGAGAAUAUUUCUUCAGAGCAAUGCUUGUCUACGUUAUGGGUUCGACAUCACAUCGCGAAACAGCUCUAGCUAUACAAAAAUUAUACGAACUGCGUGUACUGGGAUGCGCUCAUGGAGAUUUCACGCAUGGCGAGAGUAACAUAAUUUUUUCGAAGCACUUUUCAAACCCAAACACCGAGCUUUACCUUAAAUGUUAUUGUAAAAAUAUCAAAGUUCACGAAUCCUGUUUAGAUCUUCCGAAAUACGCUUCAUGCGGCUAUCUACGAUUUCGUCAAACUACAUUUAAAGAGACGACUUAUAAUUUAUUGACCGAAAAUAAAAAAAAGGAAUUUCAUGACAAAGCGAUAAGUUAUUUAGGAAUGGAAACGAAUAGGUGCAAAUCGUGUGGAUAUGGGAACUUUGUCAAACUAUUAGGUGUCAAAAGAAACGAGGGUUUUGCGAAGAUUCAGCCAUCUAGCACAAAACAUCGAACAAAGUGGACCAACGUACUGAGGAUAGGUGGAAGUAGUAGUACUACCUCGUUAACCCGAAACGCCUCCCAGUUACUUUCGAUUAAAAAACCACAUAUAAGCGAUUGGGAUAUCGCACAUCCAUCGAAUACCGGGUGUUUUUCUGAUAUACUGCAGAGCAACUUUUGCUUGAAUACUGGUCUAGUAAAACAGUUGCAUCGAAGCUUAUCGUUGACCAAAACAUUUUCAUAUGCAGAUUUCAGCUCUUGCCAGUGCCCCUUAAUACUAAGCACUGUGUACACCCAAAUGAUACUACACUGCACUGCAGCCAAAAGAACCGGAAAACUAAUCGAAGCGAUGGUAGAAUACUCACAAAUUUGCAUCAUUUCUUGUAAUUCACCCCAAGCCAUAAAAAUAUUGGAAGAAGCGUUGCUCAUACUUGAAGAUCAGGAAGAGACACGAAGUAAUUAUGACCAAGAAGAGCAGUGGAAGGUUACAUUUAUCAAAGCCAAAAUCGAUACUCUGUUUGGACAUGCGCUGUUAGAGCUUGGCCAUCUUGACGACGCUUACAUGUACUUUAAGCGAGGACUGAGUAAUUACGGUUUUGAAUUCUCCGAAAACAACCUGAAGAGGAAACUGAAAACGUUUACGUGCGAACUAAAACAGAAACUUCAUUUUUAUGUGUGCAACAAUAUGUUUACAAGACAACUCUCGCAACAAGAAACUGAGUUUAAUGACAAUAUUUCCCAAUGUCUAGCGCUAAUGUAUCAGUUAUUUAAGGAACUUCAAAUGUGGGAGCAUGCCGAAUUAGCCGCCGCAUUGAGUCUAGACAGAUCGCUGUUAUCCGAUUCGGACUUUUUAGGAAUGUGUACAGCGUACACAAAUAUGAUUGACGUAGCGCACCAUUUUGGACGAGAAUGUUUAUGCGUUGCAUUGGAAGUGAAUAGUUUAUAUAUUUGUCAUCGCAAAUCCUCAAGCAUAGAGUCGCAAGAAUUAACGGCCGUAUGUCAUUUGUAUGGAGUAAUUUUUUUGGCUAGGUUGGUGCGUUCAGAAAUCGAACGUGCCAUCCAUAUUGGAAAGAUAACGUUACAAGUGUGCAAUACAAUUCACUCGGUCAGAUCAAGCUUGAAAGUGCUACCGUUAAUGGCACAAGCAUUGCUAUUGCGCAAUCGCAUACAAGAAGCAGUGACCAAGAUUCAGGACAUCGAAUAUUAUGCCCAAGAGGACACCGACAAUUCGGGAAAAGCUUGGUUCUAUGCUUUAUGCGUUACGCUUCAAUUAGAGACUGGGUACACACUAAUACCCUUCCGAAUAUGCGAAAAAUUUUUCCAAAUAGAAGGUGAAACGCUUGUCCACAUUAGAGAUUCUGACGCCGGGAAAAGGUUUUACACUGUCAUGUGGUUGUGGUGUGUUAGAAACGAAGAAUGGGAAAUGGCAACAAAAUGGCACCUGAAAAUAGCAAUGAUUGACGACGAUCUUAUGCCAGAUGAUUCCUUAAACAAUAUGUUCACGGCCUUGUAUUACAUGGAGGGGUUGUUACUCUAUCUCGUGGGAAAACUGAACAAAAGUAUGCCAGACCAAACAACCAUACUUGAUAAAAUAGAAACGAUUAUACAUUCUAUACAGUGUGCCUCUAAAAUUAUGAAAGUUAUAGAACCGCGAUUUAAACACUUAUUAGCGUAUUACCUAUUCGCUCAGAACAGAGUUGCAUCUGCCUUCAGCGCACUAUAUAAGGCUAAAGUGUUAGCCGAAAAAAAUGGAAACCUUAUCGAAGUGGCGUGGAUCGAACACUCAGAAAAGGCUUGGUCAAACACUUUAUCACCAGUAUUAUUGGAUUUUUGGAAAGAACAUUGUGAGUUAGAUAAUUUAAUGGAUUAUCAUGAAAUAGAUUUAAAUAAUGGCCAAUUGGGACUGUUUACAUUACCUGUACCUAAAUAUUAUUAA